CAGCUUUGUUCCAGUGUGAGAGAGUGAGGGAAACAGAUAGAGAUCAUGGGGUUAAUUUCUGCAGAUAAUCCUUGGGUUUUCAUCUCUGGUCUCUUAGGUAACAUUUCUUCCUUGGUGGUUUUCCUUGCUCCACUACCAACAUUUAUCCGAGUUUGUAAGAAGAAAUCAACAGAAGGAUUCCAAUCAAUCCCAUACGUAGUUUCACUCUUCAGUGCGAUGCUUUGGAUAUACUAUGCCUAUGUCAAGACCGGAGCUUUCCUCCUUAUUACCAUUAACUCCUUCGGUUGUGUCAUUGAGACCCUUUACAUUGCUCUCUACAUUACUUAUGCGCCAAAGGAAGCUAGGAUAUUUACCUUGAGGAUACUUUUAAUGCUGGAUUUUGGGGUAUUUUGUUCUAUUCUUCUAAUCACCCACUUUUUAGCCAAAGGUUCCAAUCGAGUCCAACUUCUUGGAUGGAUCAGUGUAGUGUUUGCUACAAGUGUAUUUGCUGCACCUUUAAGCAUCAUAAGGCAGGUUAUUCGUACCAAAAGUGUGGAGUUCAUGCCAUUUUAUUUAUCAAUUAUGCUUACUCUAAGUGCUAUUAUGUGGCUUCUGUAUGGCAUAUUCCUUAAAGAUUUAUAUAUUGCGAUUCCCAAUGUUCUGGGUUUCAUCUUCGGGAUGCUUCAAAUGGUGUUACAUGCAGUAUAUAGGAAGCACAAGACAGUGUCCGAGGAUGUCAAGUUACCAGAACACUGUGUCGAUGUUACAAACGUGAGCACGGUUACGGAUUCCGAUGAUCAUCGGGUGCCGGAAACCGUGAGCUCAUCCGAGCCACCCCAAGUUCAUGAUCAUAGAAUGAUUGGGAUGACCUGCAAAUCACAGAAUUAUCAACGUGAUCAAAGGGACAAAAUCAUGGAUUCCCCUAACCCUAAUCCUAACCUGCUAGGAACAUGUGAAGCUUGAUGGAAGUUGUAUACAUAAAUCUCUCUAUUGAUGGCUGCAUGCAGUAUAUAUAUUAUAUGCACGUAUUUCUCUCUCUCUCUCUCUCUCUCUCCCCUGGACUUCUGUAGUAUACAUAUAUGCGUGUAACAUAGGUAUAUGUCAACAUCUCAUGCUUUUACUUUCAUAUAGGUAUAUGAAUUUCAAAAAUCAUGAAAAAUACUUUAAUUUCAUUAAGAAAAACAUUAGACUCU